GUGCACUUCAUAAACCGCCGCACGAACAUAAUUGCAUUUCGCGCGGCGGCGCGACGGCCGCUUUAUUAAAAGCCGGUUUUGUGGUUUCAGAUGAGUUCAGGAGUAAGGUGGCCUGCGAGAACGAAGUCAUCAAUCUCGUUUGCCAUCCCGGCCAGAGGGUGGCGAUUUUCAGCGCGUCCUUCGGUAGAACGCAAUACGAGUCUCUUCAGUGUCCGCAGCCGCGGGGCGUGCAAGAAGAAAAUUGCAUGAUGGAUUUCGCAACGGAAACCGUAAUGCAAUUAUGCCACGGUAAACGACGAUGCUCAGUGGUGGCUAACAGCACAACGUUUGACAGACCAGACCCCUGCAGCCCAGACAGCAAGACGUAUCUCAAAGUCGUGUAUACUUGCGUGCCGAGGUCGGUGUUGCGAGAGCAAUUCGAGGGCGAGGUCGAGUCGGACGAGUACGCGCUGAUGCACGAGUUGGAGGAAGGUUUCGACAGGGCGGACUUCAGGGCCGAAUUCAGCCCCAGUCCAAAUCUCGAAGGACCGCAGCCGCCACCGCGGGAUAACGUCUCCAGAAAUUUUCCAACCGUCAGCUCGUCUCCACCUCGCGCGCGGACCAACAACGACGGUGAGCCCCGCCUAGCGGUUCAGUCUACUUAA